AGCGCGCGUUAGAGCCAAUCUGCAGCCGGUGUGCGGCUGAUUGGCGUUCAGCGGCAGAGACCGCGGAUCCUGAUUGGGCAGGCCUGCUGUUGUGGACGGGCCUACAAGGACGGAGUCCGGAAGUGCAGUCGCGCUGCUCGGGCCUGGGCUGGGGUCGCAGGGGUCGCCGGGGCGGCGAGGCCGGCAUGGCGGCGCUGCGGAGGCACGUGUUUGUUGGAAAAGUGCUGAAGAAACUGUAUCCUGAGGUUCCACGUGGCCAAGAGAAGAGGGCCCCAGUGAGUCCAGCCUGCAGAAACCCACCUGAGAAAGUGGCUCCUGAGAGAGUGAAGGGCAGGGGCAUCCCCCCCAUGACAGGUGGUGACACUCGUGUCCAGCCUGCGCGACGGCUCUACACCGUGGGCCUGCCUCCUGAGGGGUGGGUUCCCCCUCCGCCGGAGGCCCCCAGCUGCUCGAGUCCUGAGAGCUCCUCCAGCGGCGAAGACAUAGGAGUCUUUUAGAGCAGCAGGCUGAUAGCAUAAUCACCCUCACGGGGCAGCAUCCGUGCUGUGCUCUCACCGCUUGCAAAGAGAAAUGAACCGGAGGAUGACGUCAGUAAUUGGCUCGGCUGGAAGGGCCUGGAGAACAGAGAUAUCGGGGAAUAAAUGAGAGCAGCUCUCCGGAUGCCACUCUUGGUGGACAGUAAGGAUGCCCCCAGAUGACUGCACGCUGGUCCCCAGAUGGCUUUACUGUGACUUGAUAAAGCAUCCUAUGGAUGACUUUUUUUCCAAAUCAAUAAAGGCAAGAAUAGACCCCAAUGAGGAGAAAUGUAAUUUUUUCUUUUUUUAAACUGAAUCUGGAAAAUUUUUUAAAUUCCAUAAGCAGUGGUCAUUUUUCAAGCAUUAAUAUUUUACAAGACCAGCUCAAGGGCCAGCUAUUCAGAGAUACUCAUGAAUCAGGUGUCUGUCAGCGACACUAAGCAGGUCUCUAAAAUCAGUUAAUAUCAACUUUCAAAUGAAAUAGGAAAAUGCUUUGUUCAAUCAUCCACUGGUGAUUGAGAAGAGAGAGAAAAUGUACCAAGUAUGGGACUGUAUGACAGUGUCACGUUGUGAUUUUAUGAGGAGUAAUUUGGGCUUCAUGCCAAGUUGCAGGCAGCACCAGGUCUCCUGGUUGUCACGUGUAUCAAGAGAAAACUGAGGACUCUCAUUCCAGAGUCAGGGGAGGACGCUCCCCGUAUCCAGAGGCAGUGUCUGGUUUGAUGAUGACACGAAGCUGCAGGGGAGGGGGCCUUCCGUGUCACACAGGCCGGGGGGGCGGGUGGACGCUUGUUUAAAUGCGCAGGUGGGAGUUUGGCUGCAUAAAUAGACUCAGAGCCCAGAACAAGAGAAGAAGCCACCUCCACGGAUCAGAGGGUGUGACCAGCGGGUUCCGAGUCUCAGGCCCCUCAUCACAGGAAACACAGCGCAAGGACCACGCGGCAUCUUCUGUCUGACGUCAGUGGCAGAUCAAAGCCUUAGAGUGCAAAUUACAGGGAGAGGGAUCUUCAUUCCACAUAGUGACGCACAGUGUCUCAGAAGUCUCACGCAUGGUGUUUGAUUUCUCACCAUAACCUGUGGUGGGCCUAAGGAGAACCUGUGAGAAGUGAGGGUUGUUGAGAAGAAGCGUCUGAGCGUUGAUGGCAGCACCGCCGUCCUUGGUUGGCUGGGACGGAGCAGGUGGGCGCAUGUGGGCAGCAGCAGGUGUGCUGGGCGUGCGCCGGGCACGUGCUGAGCAUGUGACGGGCAUGCACUGCCACGAGGGUGCGGGGAUGGGGUGGACGGGGCAGGAUUGGCAUGCGGGUCGUCCCUCUCAGGCCCCACAUCCACCGCAGGCCUUACCCCCCACGUCCACUCCAGACCUUGUCUGUUGCGUGGCAGUGACUGCCACAUCUCGACCAUGUCACUUACCUGCCGAGAGCCCAGACUUCAUCUUCAUUCAUAUGGGACCCAUUGCUGAUUUGGAUGGGCAGAUCGUCACUGCUUGCUUCUCAUCCUCACACACAAGUAACUCUUUAGAAGGUGCUAAAGGACACUUUAAAAAACAUGAGAAUUCAUGUUUCUCUCCCCAAGACCACAGGCAUGAAAUUUUACUCUCGAUCAAACUGCAACAACUCUUACAUCCUUAAAAUCAUACCAUAUGUCAUGAUUGUAACAGUGUUGAAUAAAUACACAUACACACACAUACGUGUACACGUACAUACACCUUUUUUGGAAGAACAAGUAGGUUAUUAAUUUACUUCAUGGUAAAUCCCAGUAUCCUCAACAGUGUACUUUGUUGGUAUAAAGUUAAGAAUCACUGAAGUAAAUAUUUUAAAUUCCUUUUCUACUAAAAUUACAAGAUCCUAAUGGAAAAUUUAUCUAGCCUAGUAAGUUUGUUAUGGUUCCAUUUUACAGAAAAUUGUUGUAUUUGAAUUUUUGUUU